CACAUUGGUGGCAAGUGAAGAUCCUGUAGGAAAAUGUGGCCCCACACAUUCAGUCUUGCAGCUUUGCUGAUAUUGGUGUGUGUGCAUGUAGCAUGCUCAGCAGAACAUUCAAACAGUAGACCAGAGCUGCUUGUUGUCACCGUAGCAACGAAAGAGAAUGAUGGCUUUCGGCAGUUUAAGAGAUCUACUGAAAAGUAUGGUUUGGAUUUAAAGGUGUUUGGGAUGGGCAUAGAAUGGCGCGGUGGAACCAUGGAGACGAUCGGGGGCGGUCACAAAGUGAACUUGUUGAAGGAGAACCUGGAGGCGUACAAGAACAAAGACAACCUCCUCAUUAUGUUUGUGGACAGCUAUGACUUGAUUUUCACUGACGGUAAAGACGCCAUCUUGGACAAGUUUGCCAAAUUCGACUCUCGGGUUGUGUUUGCUGCUGAAGAUACCAUUUGGCCUGAUAAGUCACUGGAGAAAAAGUAUCCACAAGUGAAAGAGAAUGAAAAACGCUUCCUGAACUCUGGAGGGUUCAUUGGGUACGCCCGAGAGAUUUACGAGAUGGUCAGCUACCAGGCUCUCGGCGACCAGGAGGAUGAUCAGCUCUACUACACGCAGAUCUUUCUCAACAGAGCUCUGAGGCAUGAAUGGAAGAUGAAGCUGGAUACAAGAGCUGAAAUAUUUCAGAACUUGAACUUUGCUCUCGGAGAGGUCGUGAUCAAGUACAAAGGCUCCUACAGCUACCUGUACAACAUCAGGACAGGAACCUCUCCCAUCGCUGUGCACGGGAACGGGCCUGUCAAGCCCGAGUUUUACCGAAUUUCCAACUACCUGGCUGACGGAUGGACCACCUCCACUGGCUGCCAGACCUGUAACGACGAUCUGCUAGAUCUGACCGAUGUUAAGGAUGCGGACAUGCCCACCGUUGUGAUCGCGAUGUUUGUGGAGAUGGCCACGCCUUUCCUGCGCGAGUUCUUCGAUCGAGUCACGAAGCUGGACUACCCCAAGGACAAGAUCGACAUCUACUUGCACUACAGCGUUGAUUACCACUCCAAGGACGUGAAGAAGUUCCUGGAGGACAUCGAAGGCUUGUAUCCCAGCACCAGAGUGAUCUCCCCUAGCGACAACGUUGGGGAGCAGAUGGCGAGGAACUGGGCCAUUGAGGAAUGCAUCAAAAAGAAUUGCCAGUACCUGCUGACCCUUGAAUCAGUCGCUCAGAUCACAAACCCAACCCUUCUCAGGGAUCUCAUCAUACAGAACAGGUCCAUCAUCGCCCCACUGCUGAAGCGUCCGGGCAAGCUGUGGUCCAACUUUUGGGGUGCGCUGAACCGCGACGGCUACUACGCCAGGUCUGAGGACUACAUGGACAUUGUGGAGUAUACCAAAGUGGGUCUGUGGAACGUGCCGUUUGUGGCAAGCGUGCUUCUCAUCCAAGGUCAGCGCCUGCCCUUGCUCAGAGACGCCUACACAAACAACCCUGACCUCGACGCCGAUAUGUCGUUUUGUGAGAAGGCCAGGCAAGAGGUUUUGUUCAUGUACGUCAGUAAUCGCAAGUACUGGGGCCAUUUGGUGUACGCCGACGGCUUCGAUACAUCUCACCUCCACAACGAGCUCUUUGACAUUUUCAACAACCGUUUGGACUGGGAAAGCAGAUACAUCCACGAGAAUUACUCCACAUCCCUGCAAGAAGAUGUUAAAAUUGAAAUGCCCUGCCCUGACGUGUACUGGUUCCCCAUCGUGAGCGACACGUUUUGCGAUGAGUUUGUCGCAGAGUUGGAGAACUACGGCCAGUGGUCCGGAGGCAAAAAUGAAGAUCCUCGCCUGGCUGGUGGCUACGAGAAUGUGCCGACGGUCGACAUCCACAUGAACCAGGUGGGCUUGGAGAAACAAUGGCUGCACUUCCUUGGAGAGUUUGUGCGUCCCCUUCAGGAGAAAGUCUUCACCGGUUAUUUCCAUGAUCCACCAAAUGCUAUCAUGAAUUUCAUUGUCCGCUACCGACCCGACGAGCAGCCGCUGCUUCGCCCUCACCACGACGCCUCCACCUACACCAUCAACAUCGCCCUCAACAGGCCCGGCAUUGAUUUUCAGGGAGGAGGCUGCCGGUUUGUGCGCUACAACUGCAGCAUCACGGCUCCCAAGAAGGGCUGGAUGUUCAUGCACCCUGGUCGUCUGACUCACUACCACGAGGGACUGAGGACCACCGAGGGCACCCGCUACAUCAUGAUUUCUUUUGUCGACCCCUAGACUGCUUGCUUUGGACUCUUGUUGCCAAUGGCGAAUUUCAUCGAAACAGCGAAUUUAAUCAAAACAGCGAAACAAAUAUCAAAAGAGAUUAUUGAAUGAAAUAUACUAACAAGCAGAUUAUGUGUAUAGGUAAAGAACUUCUGCUGAAAAAUGUACUUUUUUUAAUGAUAAUGUGGUGAUUAGCGGAAAAACUUAAGUCCCUCCCAAAAAAAGAUUUUUAUUUAAAUGUGGAAACUGCUAAUUUUAUCAAAAUGUACAAAUUCCGGUUUGCAUCAUCAAGGAAACAUUUGUGCAUUGCGUCUGGAAAGCAGGGCUGGUAACUUGCACAAAGUUUUUCCCUUGCAGCACAUAUUUUUCAAAGCGUCGGGGAGGUUACUUGAUUGUUGAAGUUUAACUUCUAACUUGAUCAGAUUUCUGCAAGUGCCUUUUUUUGAGUGUUCAUUUGCUAUACAUACCCUCGCUGUAUGAGAUUGAAAUCUGUAUUCAUGUCCAUGUCUUCCACUGUUUGAAUCUCGCGGGUGGUUGGCGGGUGCUCUGGUAUGGUUUGCUUCUUCUUUCCUAUCAAACAUCUAUUGUCCUUGUCUCCCCUUCUUCUUUUUUAUGUUUGUUAUUCUCUUGUAACACCUCUAAUCUUCUGGCGCUCAUUUGACCUUAUGCAGUUGCGAGUGCCGUAAAAACUCUACUAUAACUAUGUUUGAAUCUCACUUUAGAUUUCCGAUCGUAAUUGUCUUGGGAAAUGACCAUCGUUAUCUGUUUGUCAUUGAGCAAGUUCUUCACAAGUCUUUUUUUUUUUUUCUUUUCUUUUUUUUUUCUUCUUUAAAAAAAAAAUUAUACCCUGUAAGCAUUAUCAGCACGGUUUCGGAGGUGGAGAGUUUUUAUCCGGACAUUUCUGAUGUUUACAAGAUUUUGGUUGUUGUGAGGUGUGAAUAUCUCUACAGAGAAUAGAGAAAGUCCACCACUUGUUUUCUGCAAAUUUUUCUGUAUCUGGGCACAGCUGCCUUGCGAAGCUAUGUGUGUAUUAUAUGUGAGGUUUCAUUGACAAAAUGAGUUACUUCUCAGAUUUUGUAUGUCAAAUUUGUAGAUUUGUCAAAUUUGUAGAUUGAGUUUGUUCAAUUUUUUUUGGUAUGAAAUGAUGAAAGACAUGUUUAACUUGAAGAAAAUAGCAUCAGUUGUAAAUCUGUUAAUAUAACAUUUAGCCCCUGUGUUGAUUUUUGGGGAUCUCUCCGUUCACCGACUGCGAGAAGUAACUCAUUUUGUCAGGAAAACUGUGACUAUGGAAAAAAAA